AUGUGUUUUAUUCCUGUACAUAAACAGAAAAUGUGCUUCCGACGUUCAAUUUUUCAGGAAAGUAUGUACCCCAUGCAGGUGCUUAAAUGGAUUAGGAUACAGUGGAUACUAAAACGGACAAACUUGAAUGAAAAAUACUUCUUGCCGGACAUCGCGGGAGAAUUGGUGGGAUGGCAGGAUAAGAUAAAGAUAUGCUUCGAGGCAUACAGAGAAGAUGAGAAGAAAAAAAUCAUUCAAUUCUACAGCCAAUUCUUACCAAAAGAAAUUGUGAAUCAUGAAGCUAUCUAUGAGCUUGUUGUAGCAUCGCUUGUCUACUAUUUGACUUUAAGAGGUUGGAAACAGCAGCUUUAUUGCUCACUUCCAGCAUGGAUUGUUCGGAAAUAG